CGGAACCACUAAGCCCUUGGUAAGUGGACGCUAGGAUCAGGGACUUUCCAGUUUACAACUGUUCGAGCUCUCUCUGUCUAGAGAGAUCGCAGCAUUGAAAUCUUUGUAAACCUUGGCACCCGUGAUUGCUUUCAGAGAGACAAGAAAUGCCAGGAUUUGUAUGGUUACAGUGCUUUAAAUAAACUACGAGCUUUGUUCAAGACUCAUGAAAUAACCCCCAGAUUCUAGCGAGAUUCUGAUUCUGUGGUGCGUUGGUCCGUCCAUGGUGUUAAAAUAUAUGAUCUCCGCGGCUUGUUUGUGUCCCUGCAUUUAAACAGAGGGGGCUCUCCGUGCUGUGCAGCAGUCCAACUCGGACUCACUCAGUGGAAGUAGUUCGUCGGUUUCAGCAAGCUUGUGGUCGGCUACUGGGAGAGAAACACAUCGGCUGGUUAAAACGAACAGUCAUGAUCCCAUUGCUAGAUUAGACGAUACACCACCAACACCGGUUUGUAAAAUGAUAGACAGAAGGGGAGAAAGAUAAAGAAGUCGCCCACAUGCGCUGGAUCAAUCUAAGGAUUUGGGAACGGAAUACGAAGGUGGUGGAGGACAACUGUUUGAAAUCUUUGCAGACUGGAAGAUGGCGGGUUGGAUCUGGAAGUGGUGAUAGCGAAACUUCGGGGGUUUUUGGGUUUAUUUGUAAAAAUCUCGACCCAAACAGGACACAUGCAGGCCAAAAAACGCUAUUUAAUCUUGCUGUCCGCCGGCGUCUGUCUGAUUCUACUGUUCUACUUUGGAGGCUUGCAAGUUCGAGCUAGGAGGAGGACUCCGAACCGGCGUGAGGAUCAUAGCAGAAAUGUUUUUCAUUCGGGUCCGGAUCAGACCUGGCCGCAUUUUUCAGACCAUUUACAACCAUUUAUACCUUGGGAUCAAUUGGAAAACGAGGAUUACAACGUGCACAUAUCUCCAAAACAGAAAAGGGACGCGAAUUCAAGCAUUUACAAAGGUAAACGGUGUCGCAUGGAGUCAUGCUUUGAUUUCUCAAUCUGCAAGAAAAACGGCUUUAAAGUAUACACAUAUCCUCAACAAAAGGGGGAGAAAAUCUCGGAAAGUUACCAAAAUAUCUUGUCAGCGAUCGAGACAUCCAGGUUCUACACAUCAGACCCCAGCCAAGCCUGUCUGUUUGUCCUAAGUUUGGAUACUUUGGACAGAGACCAGCUCUCUCCUCAGUACGUCCAUAGCUUGAAAACAAAAGUCCAAAACCUCCCCCUAUGGAACAAUGGUAGAAAUCACUUAAUUUUUAAUUUAUAUUCGGGCACAUGGCCCGAUUACACAGAAGACUUGGGAUUUGAUAUCGGCCAGGCCAUGUUAGCAAAAGCUAGCAUCGGGACCGAAAACUUUAGACCUAAUUUUGAUGUUUCUAUCCCGUUAUUUUCUAAAGAUCACCCCAGGACAGGUGGAGACAGGGGUUAUUUAAAGUUUAAUACAGUCCCACCUUUUAGGAAAUACAUGCUGGUGUUCAAAGGGAAGCGAUAUUUGACUGGGAUCGGGUCAGACACUAGGAAUGCCUUAUACCAUGUACACAAUGCGGAGGAUGUAGUCCUACUGACUACCUGCAAACAUGGCAAAGACUGGCAAAAGCACAAGGACGCCCGUUGCGAUAAAGACAACGCAGAAUAUGACAAAUAUGAUUAUCGAGAAAUGCUGCACAACGCUACUUUCUGUUUGGCUCCUCGAGGGCGCAGGCUGGGUUCCUUCCGGUUCCUGGAAGCAUUGCAGGCUGCCUGUGUCCCUGUUAUGCUCAGUAACGGAUGGGAGCUGCCUUUCUCAGAAGUAAUCGAUUGGAACACAGCUGCUGUCAUUGGAGAUGAAAGAUUGUUAUUGCAGAUCCCGUCAACAGUCAGGUCCAUUCAUCAGGACAAAAUCCUAGCACUUAGACAGCAAACACAGUUCUUGUGGGAGGCGUAUUUCUCUUCAGUGGAGAAGAUUGUAUUGACUACUUUAGAGAUCAUUCAGGAUAGAAUUUUCAAGCACAUAUCACGCAACAGUUUACUCUGGAACAGCCACCCAGGGGCACUGUUUGCAUUGCCACAGUAUUCUGCAUAUCUUGGAGAUUUCCCUUUCUACUAUGCAGGUCUUGGAAUCAAACCUUCUACCAAGUUUACUGCAGUGAUCCAUGCAGUCACUCCGCUGGUUUCUCAGUCACAGCCAAUUCUGAAACUCCUUGUAGCUGUGUCCAAGUCCCAGUACUGUGCACAGAUUAUUGUUUUGUGGAACUGUGACAAGCCCUUGCCAGCCAAACACCGCUGGCCACCUACAUCUGUGCCUGUCAUAGUGAUAGAAGGCGAGAACAAGAUCAUGGGCAGUCGCUUUCAGCCUUAUGACACUAUACUCACUGAUGCUGUACUGAGCCUUGAUGAGGACACAGUACUGUCAACCACAGAGGUGGAUUUUGCCUUUACAGUGUGGCAGAGUUUUCCAGAGAGGAUUGUGGGAUACCCUGCCCGGAGUCACUUCUGGGACAGCAACAAGGAGAGGUGGGGAUAUACCUCGAAGUGGACUAAUGACUAUUCUAUGAUAUUGACCGGAGCUGCUAUAUACCACAGAUAUUAUCACUACUUGUACACAAAUUACCUGCCUGCUAGCCUGAAGAAUAUGGUGGAUCAACUGGCUAACUGUGAGGACAUCCUGAUGAAUUUCCUUGUGUCAGCAGUCACCAAGCUGCCUCCUAUUAAAGUCACACAAAAGAAGCAGUACAAGGAGACCAUGAUGGGACAGUCCUCCCGUGCCUCUCGCUGGGCUGAUCCGGACCACUUUGCUCAGCGGCAGACCUGCAUGAACAAAUUUGCCAACUGGUUUGGCACCAUGCCUCUCAUCCACUCUCAGAUGAGGCUGGACCCAGUCCUUUUCAAGGACCAGGUCUCCAUUCUCCGUAAAAAGUAUCGGGACAUUGAGCGACUCUAACAAACACUGUGCUGAGCUGGGCUGGGGAACAGAGAUCAGUUCAUCGUCUCAGCCCUUCAAUUUGCAGCACACCCACAAUGUUUCAAACCAGGAGGAAUAACUGCACAUGAAAUCACAAGACUCCUGGCUAGGAACUCUUUCUAUAUACUGUUAUUACACAGGUAUCCUGCAGCAUUGCACAGGCUAGAAGUGGUUCGACUACUGGGAUACAAAUUAAAGAACGAUCUCCACCCACCUCUGUUUUCAGCUGUGCAGAUUUGUAUUGUUUUAUGAUCAAGGUUACAGAGAGAGGAGCCCCCCCCCCCACCCCUCAGCUACUGCUGUUCAUAUCAAAGCAUGAGACAUAAGACCAAGGUCCUAUUGGAAGUGACUCUGCAGCAGCGGUUGUGAUGCACAGUUCACUCCCUGGUCUCUGUAAGUCGCUUUGGAUAAAAGCGUCUGCUAAAUGACUAAUAAUAAUAAAAACACAACAUAUUUGAGAUUAGCAGAAAGCAAACUAAAGUGAGGCGUGAAAUGACAAAAGAAAGGAUGAAGGUUAUUUAAAAAAAAACUUUUACUUGCUUUUCAGUAUAGGACUUUGUCCCCCUUUUAUUAAAUAACCCUUCAAGGGUUCAAUAAUACCCUGAUUUAAGUUCAUUAGAACAACGCAGAAGACGGAGUAGGGAAAUGCUGUUUGUUACAUCACAUAGGAUAUUUCAUUUUUUGACCACUUGUCCUUGAGAGAAGCAGUGGGUGUAAUAUAUUAAAGGUUCUGUUGCUAAAAGGGAUUGCUAAAAGAAAUUGCUCUUUGAUUAAAGAGCCUGAUGGUUUUAAUUUUGUAUUUUUUUUUAAUAUAUAUAUGUUUUAUUGUUCGACAGCCCGCAGGUACCAGGGAAACACGAUUCGUACAAAAUAAGAAAGGAAAGGUUUGACAAUUCAGGGCAAUAAUGUAUUUUUUAAGGUGGUGUUUUAUUAUUACUGUAGGAAGAUCUAAUAGCACAAUUUUUUAAUUUUAACCUCUUUUUGUUACUUUUAAAAUAAAACCCUCUUUUGAGGGGUAUUUAUAUGCUGUUAUUCUGAAGCAAUACCCUGCUAUUCUUUAGCUAACUGAGAUGCAAUACACCUUCUAAACUUCAGCCCUCUGACUGCUGCUUGCAGGCAAUUUUAGUGAAAAAAAAAAAGCUUUUUACCUAAUAAGCCAAGUUAGUAUUUUGAUGUGAACAUGCUGAGAUUUAGAGGGUGUGCUACAGGGCCACCAAAUACAAAACCAGCAGUCUGUAACAAGAGUAUAAAAAAUAUGCAGUGUUCUGUAUCAUUCUUUGGAUCUUGACCAUAGAGGGGUUUAUCUCAGUGAAGGAUCUUAAGUUGGGGGGCUUUGCUCUUAUCUACUGCUUAUUGGGGUGUAUACAAUAUGAUAUCAAGAAAUAAUAUGUAAAAUCAAAGUAGUUUUGAAUCCGUUAUUCUCAUUGGUAAAGUUAGAAAUAAAACACAUAGUAAGAUGUGGGCUAGACUUGCAUAAACUAGUAGUUACAAAUAAGUCCUUGCACCAGUUUCAGAUGCUGGUGGUAGGUUAAGUAACAAAGAUACUAUCAGUACACAUGCAACCCACUAGAACUUAUCAUUGUUUUCUAUGAACAGAUUCACUAAAGCAAAUAAUGCAUUCAUAAGGGAUACCCACUGUGUGCUUUUACUUGUCCUGUUCUUUUGGAAUACAUUUUAAAGCCUGACCACCAUUUGUUGCCCUAAAGGUUUCCAUCCUUAAGGAUGCCAUUAUUAUUAUUAUUUGUUUAUUUAGCAGACUUCUUCAUCCAAGACAACUUAGCGACUAGGGUGUGUGAACUAUGCUGCAGUCACUUACAACAACAUCUCAACUGAAAGACAGAGCACAAGGAGAUUA